GUGACGUGCAUGCCAGCAGCUGAUGUUCUGUGCUGAUGUCAACAUGGCGUAAGGUGCCCUGCGCGUGCGAUUACAUUGGGUCGUUCGGAUGCCCAACUCUUGCCGACUGUCAGCCAAGCUCACGAACUUGGUGUGAUACCGCAGUCGACCAUAGUAUACUAACUCUAUGCAGCCGACCAUACCAGUGUUUCCAUACGGUCCUUGCAAGGAUGUCUGAGUGAAGGAGCUUUGGUCGGACCAGUUACGCUACCAUGGAGUCUCUGUUUGGGCCUGAUUCGGAGGAACUGUGGCUUCCCCCAGAGGCGGCUGAAGGAAAUGUCGAGUAUAAACUGAAGCUGGUCAACCCAUCGCAGAGCCGUCUAGAGCACCUUGUCACCCAGAUGAAGUGGAGGCUACGCGAGGGCCAGGGUGAGGCUAUCUAUGAAAUUGGCGUGGAGGACGGAGGCCUGCUGGUGGGACUGAGUGCCGCCGACAUGGCCGCCUCCUUGGCCACCCUGCAGUGCAUGGCCUCUAAACUGGGUGCCUCUCUCACGGUACUGCGUGAGCGCUCCAUAGGCAACGCUCGCAAGGCAGCCGAGGUGUUGGUGCGCAAGGUGCCGGAGGACCAGCAGAGCAUUGAGAUUCGGGUGGCCGUACUGGGUAGUGUGGAUGUCGGCAAGAGCACUGUCCUGGGUGUGCUCACACAGGGAGAACUGGACAACGGCCGUGGCAGUGCACGGCUGAACCUAUUCAGGCACCUGCAUGAGAUUCAAACAGGGCAUACGUCAUCAAUCAGCCGUGAAAUACUGGGUUUUACGAGCCAGGGACAGCCUGUCACAUACAACCACUGUCGCAGUGCAGAGGAACUCUGCGAGCGUUCGGCCAAACUCAUCACUUUCAUCGACCUGGCUGGACACCAGAAGUACCUGCGCACCACUGUCUUUGGACUCACAGGCCACAGUCCACACUUUGUCAUGUUGGUUGUGAACGCCGCCAGUGGGCUGACUGGCACGGGCCGUGACCACCUCUUGCUUGCCCUGGCACUUCAGGUGCCUCUGGCCAUUGUGGUAAACAAGGUGGACACCGUGGGUUCGGCAACAUUGGCCAAGACCCUGGCACAGCUGCACCGCCUGCUAAAGGGGCCUGGCUUCAAGAAGCUUCCCCUGGAGGUGCUCACCGAGGACGAUGCACUGACGGCAGCAGCACGUGUACGGGAGGGCAGUGUGGUGCCCGUUUUCUUGGUCUCAUGUGUGCAUGGAGACGGCUUGGGCCUCCUGUACACGUUCCUGCACGUGCUGCCCCCUGGUCACGGACCCAAGGAGCGUGACGGACUCAUGAGGCUCACUCCCGAGUUCCAGAUUGACGAAACCUUCCAGGUGCCCGAUGUUGGCCCUGUUGUGGGGGGCCUGCUGACACGGGGCGUGCUCCACGAAAACGACCGACUUCUGGCAGGACCCAGCCACGAUGGCAGCUUUCAUCCAGUCAGGGUCGUGUCGGUGCAGCGGCACCGAGUGCCUUGCCGCUUGGUGCGUGCAGGGGAGAGUGCCACCCUGGCAUUGGCACCCAGUGCAGGUGCCCUGCUGCGACGAGGAACGGUGCUGUGCAGCCCAUCAGAUGUGCGUCCUACGGCAACGCGCCUGUUCCGGGCACGGGUGCGAGUGCUCAGCCACCCGGGGCGCCUCGCAGUAGGUUUCCAGGCGCUGGUUCAAGCUGGCAAUGUACAGCAGGCUGCAGUGGUGGUGGGUGUGCGCGGGGGCAACAGCGCCAGCCUUGGGGUCACCGAUCGGGGGGUGCUAUUGUUCAAGUUUGUACGUCAGCCCGAGUGCCUGCGGCCAGGCAGUCGCCUGCUCUUUCACCAGGGGCAGGCACGAGGCAUCGGGUGCAUUCUGCAGGUGUAUCCGCUGCAUGUCCCACCAGCCGUGCACUGACCCUCCUCCACGUGAAUGUGGACUAGAGCACAAGAUGUUCAAUGAUGCUCUACACAAGAUGUUCAGUGAUGCUGUAUUCAAGAUCACUGCACAAGCCUGUGGUGUCAAGACACUGCUGACCUGCGUGUGUGAAACUCGUGUGGGAACUGCGGCUACCUUCAUUAGAAUGACAUGGUCUCUUCACUACCAGCGCACAUUGUUGCCAUAACAUUAACGGAACAUUAUUGCAACAUUCACGGCGUUGUGGUCAUGUAUCAACAAUUGAAGCUUCUCGGGUCACAGGAAUCAUGCGUCAACUGCUUUUCACAAACUCAUGAGCCCAUUGUGAUUCUUUGCAAAUGCCAACAACGUGUGGCAAACUCUUGUUCUGAUUUUAACCUUUUAGUGUUUUAGUGAGACUCCUUGCAGAACUCACGUGUUCAAAACUUUGCCUGGAGACUUGUGAUCUUGUUUUUAUACCUAAUUUGAUCAGUAGUUUAUAUGAUGGCACUAUGCUAGUCAUUGCAAGUGAAAAAGACCUGCUUUACAGUGAAGACAAAAACGUAACAAGUUGGAAAGUGAAUAAAAGACUGUUUUACUGUUA